CCUCCCCACCUCUCGUCAUGACGGCGUCUCCGGAUUACUUGGUGGUGCUUUUUGGGGUCACUGCUGGGGCCACUGGGGCCAAACUGGGCUCGGAUGAGAAGGAACUGAUCCUGCUGGUAUGGAAAGUGGUGGAUCUGGCUAACAAGAAGGUCGGACAGUUGCACGAAGUACUAGUUAGACCGGAUCAGUUGGAACUGACGGAGGAUUGCAAAGAAGAAACCAAGAUCGACGCCGAGAGCCUGCCCUCCGCGCCGCAGCUGGACCAAGCCCUCCGACAGUUUAACCAGUCAGUGAGCAACGAGCUGAAUAUUGGGGUAGGGACUUCCUUCUGUCUCUGUACUGAUGGGCAGCUUCACGUCAGGCAAAUUCUGCAUCCCGAGGCUUCCAAGAAGAAUGUAUUAUUGCCUGAAUGCUUCUAUUCCUUUUUUGAUCUUCGAAAAGAAUUCAAGAAGUGUUGCCCCGGUUCACCUGAGAUUGACAAACUGGAUGUUAGAGCGAUGGCAGAGUGCUUGAAUUUUGAGAAAAAUAGUUCACUCUUCCGGUUUGGAGCCUCUCAAGUUGAAGAUAUGGGGAACAUCAUUUUAGCAAUGAUUUCAGAGCCUUAUAAUCACAGGUUUUCAGAUCCAGAGAGAGUAAAUUACAAAUUUGAGAGUGGCACUUGCAGCAAGAUGGAGCUAAUAGAUGACAACACCGUAGUCAGGGCACGAGGGUUACCAUGGCAGUCAUCGGAUCAAGAUAUUGCAAGAUUCUUCAAAGGACUCAAUAUUGCCAAGGGAGGUGCUGCACUUUGUCUGAAUGCUCAGGGUCGAAGGAAUGGCGAAGCUCUGGUUAGGUUUGUAAGUGAAGAGCACCGAGACCUGGCACUGCAGAGGCACAAGCAUCACAUGGGGACCCGGUACAUUGAGGUUUAUAAAGCGACAGGCGAAGAUUUUCUCAAAAUUGCUGGUGGAACAUCCAACGAGGUAGCCCAGUUUCUCUCCAAGGAAAAUCAAGUCAUUGUUCGAAUGCGGGGCCUCCCUUUCACGGCCACAGCUGAGGAAGUGGUGGCUUUCUUUGGACAGCAUUGUCCCAUCACUGGGGGAAAAGAAGGCAUCCUCUUUGUAACCUACCCAGAUGGGAGGCCAACAGGGGAUGCUUUUGUCCUGUUUGCUUGUGAGGAAUAUGCACAGAAUGCAUUGAGGAAGCACAAGGACUUGUUGGGUAAAAGAUACAUUGAACUCUUCAGGAGCACAGCAGCUGAAGUCCAGCAGGUGCUGAAUCGAUUCUCCUCGGCCCCUCUCAUCCCACUUCCAACCCCACCCAUUAUUCCAGUACUACCUCAGCAAUUUGUGCCUCCUACAAAUGUUAGAGACUGUGUACGCCUUCGGGGUCUUCCCUAUGCAGCCACAAUUGAGGACAUCCUGGACUUCCUGGGAGAAUUCUCCACAGAUAUUCGAACUCAUGGAGUCCACAUGGUAUUGAAUCAUCAGGGCCGCCCUUCAGGAGAUGCCUUUAUCCAGAUGAAGUCUGCCGACAGAGCAUUUAUGGCCGCGCAGAAGUGCCAUAAAAAAACGAUGAAGGACAGAUAUGUUGAAGUCUUUCAGUGUUCAGCUGAGGAGAUGAACUUUGUGUUAAUGGGGGGCACUUUAAAUCGAAAUGGCUUAUCCCCACCGCCAUGUAAGUUACCAUGCUUGUCUCCUCCCUCCUACACAUUUCCAGCUCCUGCGGCAGUUAUUCCCACUGAAGCUGCCAUUUACCAGCCCUCUGUGCUUUUGAACCCACGAGCCCUCCAGCCCUCCACAGCCUACUAUCCAGCAGGCACUCAGCUCUUCAUGAAUUACACAGCAUACUACCCCAGCCCCCCAGGUUCGCCUAAUAGUCUUGGCUACUUCCCUACAGCUGCUAAUCUUAGCGGGGUCCCUCCGCAGCCUGGCACGGUGGUCAGAAUGCAGGGCCUGGCCUACAAUACUGGAGUUAAGGAAAUUCUUAACUUCUUCCAAGGUUACCAGUAUGCAACCGAGGAUGGACUUGUACACACAAGUGACCGGGCCAGGACUCUACCCAAAGAGUGGGUUUGUAUUUAAGGGCCCCAGCAGUUAGACCAGCCUCAGAAAAGAAGUGUUUGAAAGAUGUAUGGUGAUCCUGCUACUGUCCAACACAAGAAAACUUCCAGCAACUUCAGGGGAAGUUUGUCUAUACUCAGGCUACAGUAUUGUCAGCAAAAAAUGAUUGGAAGAGAGGACCUGUGUGCCCUGUCUUUUGGUGGAGUGAAAAAUUUGAGCCAAUGAAGCCAAAUCCUUAGGAAGCAGCAUGCAGCAUACUUGGCUCCUUGCUGAUUGCAAAAUAGGUAUUUAAAAUGUGAAUUUGAAAUGAGAUGACUUCCAGCUAAAGUGGCAUCAUAGAUGCUUCCUAAGAUUUAGGUAUUUGGAGAAAAAAGAAAAAAAAUACUCCACUCUCGUCUACCAUCUUUACAAUGAACUCUGUUAUGAAAGCUUUAUUUUUUUUUGCAUACCCGUCUUUCUCUCCAUCCCUGUCUUCUGCACACUUAAUGCGUCUUACUAAAUAAGUAAUUCAAGAAUAUGGUCUUAGACUAUUUAAAUCACAAAUUUAUGAGAAGAAAUGAAAUAAAACUAAAUCCUCAGUCUCUUGACCAAUAAUUUUCAGGAUAUCUCAUAGUUAAAAACCAGUCGAAACUGUUUUUUUGUGUAAACACUGUAGAAUCAAUGACAAGAAACCAUGUCCCCUAUGGAAAAAGCAUCCGGGUUAUCAAGUUGGAUCUCUUUGUCAGCAGUUUAAGAAUGACCUACGGGCCAAAAUGCAAAACCAAAAAUGAAGCAGCUACAUGUAGUUAGUCAUUUAGUUUGAACUGUAACUGAAUAUUGUGGCUUCAUAUGUAUUAUUUUAUAUUGUGCUUUUUUCGUUGUUGAUGGUUUAGACCUUAAUGAGAAAAACUGCAUAGUUUUUAAUAUCACAGAAAAUGAGACUUAUAGAAGGCAAUAUACUAACUGAAGUGAAAGCUUGUAUAUAGUAAGAUAGCCUUAAACUUUUUCCUCUGAUGCCUUAGCUGUCAAUGAAAACGUAAACACAUUAGGAAUAUGGUCAGCGUGCUAGACUUAGAGGUAAACACUGAUGCAGUUUGUGAGCAGGUACUGAUGCGGUCAGUGUUCAGCACUAUGUGUUUAGCUGUGUUUAUGCUACAAAAGUGCAAUAUUAGACACCAGCUAGUUAGUACUACUGCCUCAUGUAAUUCCAAAGAGAAAAUGGGAUUUGAUUAAGUGCACAUAUUUUUUUUUAAGUUACUCCAUUGUUCUUUGCUUGGAUGCAAUGCGAUGCAUAUUUCUGUGGCUGCUAUUUUCACUUAGUUAGCAUUCUUUUUGAUGAACACCUCGAGUGGAGAGCCAAACAUUGCCCUCUUCAGCUGACUUGCAGUGGCCCUUCCUCUAACUUCAUUAGGGAAGACAAAAAGCAAAAUGAAAACCAUUUGUGUAAAAAAUGGCACUUAAGAUCAGAAAGAAAUUCUUUAUAUGUGAUACCUUUAAGUGCUGUCUGCCUGAAGCUUUGCUAGGCAGUAAUACUUCCUACAAUACUACUGAAUUUUUGUAGAAUUGUUACAUUUGAUAAUAAAACUUGCCUGUUUAAUCUCAA